AUGGCAACCGCAGAGACUGUCCAACUUGGCGAUAUCCAUGCCCCAAAAGAAGAUAGCAUCAUUGCCUUCAAGAAAAUCGAAACAGAACUCAAGAAGAAAAUUCAACAUCUCCGCCAUGAAACCAAUAGUUUGUCUCUCUUCUUUUCUCCUAACACGAGCCCCAAUACUUCGCUCCAUCUCCACCUCCCAGAUCACACCCUUACCUCCUUCACCUCCUCUUCCCUCACCUCAGUCCGCGUAGCCACUAGUGCCUAUGGACUCCACCUUCUCGGCAAAGUCCUCAUUCCCGAGACCGAAGAUAAAUAUUUCAUGUUCAGAGCUUUCAUUCCAGGAGACUCCGACACCGCUACUCUUCAUUGUAUACACAUGGAAGAAACGGAUGUUGGAGGUGAGGAGGGAAAAUUUUUCAGAGCAAUAUUUGGGGAGGAGGAUGAGUUGAAGUGGUUUGAUGAAUAG